AAGUUUUUUAUUCAGAUUUAUCCAUAGUGUCUACUCUAAAUCCGAAAGAGAAGUUGUUUCCAUUUUUAAACUCCAUUUCGUUAAAUUCAUCCCGUUGGUCAUCCUGAACAACAGGAAACCUGAGGGCGUAGGCCUUCAGUAAGAGGCUGUGAACAGAUGGAGACCUUGAGCCAGACUGGAAUAAGAUCAAACUUCAAGGCAGUGGGAUUCACGAAGAAUGAAGGGUACAGACAAAAGCAAUACCCUAUGUCUGCAUUGACUUGUGGGUCUUGUGCUGCAAAGCCAGUUGCCGCUUUCCAGAUUUAUCAUAAUGUUAUACCCAGGAGAACGUCAGUUAUAUUGAUGGCAACCAAGUCUGGGAAGAAUAAACACAGUGACACACCUGCGUAUAAGGAGCUUUAUGAAGCAUUUCCUGAAGCCUUGCUGUUGAAGAAAUCAAGGAAAGCUGCUAAUAAGAAAUCACAAGUUCCUGACUUUGCAGAUGAAGAAGAGUUAGUAAAAUCUCUAGAACUUCAAUUUGAGAGUGACAUGGACUUGGAAACAACUCGUCACUAUGAGAUUAUGUAUUUAAUCCAUGAAGAUAAUGCAAAUGAAGUUGAAGAAAUUGUUUCAAUGGUUAAAGGUUUCAUAGAGGAGAGAAAGGGCAAAAUAUGGAGAGUCAAUGACUGGGGUAUGCGGAGGUUAGCAUAUAAAAUUAAAAAAGCAAAAAAAGCAAAUUAUAUCUUGAUGAAUUUUGAAAUUGGAACAGAACAUAUUAAUGAGUUGAAGGAUUUGUUAGACAAGGAUGAGAGAGUCAUCAGGCAUUUGGUAACAAAACAAAAGGAAGCCAUAACUGAAGAUUGUCCACCACCUCCAGCAUAUAGGGACAUUUCCACUCUUAGUGAUGAGGAAGCUAUGGAUGAUGAUGCAUAUGAGAAGGAUACGAAUGAAGAUGAAUUAGAAGAAUGGGAAGAAGUAAUUAUGGUUGAUGAGGAAGAUAUGAAUGGGAUUGCAGAAUAUGAUGAUCAAGUGGAAGUCAAAUCAGAAGGAAAGGUUGAGGGUGAUAAGGAAGAUAUGGAGGGGGCUGAUAAAUACAGUGAUCAAAUUGAAGGUGAAAAAGAAGACUGGGAAGAAGAGGCUUGGGACUCAGAAAGUACAAAGCAAAAAGAUGCGAAACAGCUCAUUGGUAGCUCUUAGUCUGAUCAUUUCUCAGAGUUGACUGUACAGUUUUAUAAAUCACUUGACAGACAUAUUUUGAUGGUCAUGUAACUUGGGACUUACCUUAUGGAGCUAUGAUUGUGUAAAUGAAUUAUGGGGUUCAGGAUAUAUUUCAACUUGUAUUGAUAAUGAUUUUUAAAUUCGAAUUUUCAAUGAGUGGCAUGCUGUCUUGAAAACUUUUGAUAAUGAGCCAACCGGGUUUUUGAAUUUUAGGAUAUGGAGUUGUUGAUAUACAAAGUAAUGUAUUUAUAUAAAAUUUGACCCAACUCCAAAAAUGUUUCGCAAACUAUCAAGCAUUAUUCAUUGAUUACAUCUA